UUUUUUAACCAAAAUUAAAAUUUUACAUGAUUCACGUUAUUUGAGCAUAGUUGAUGUUCGUUUUAAUAUUUUUAACGGCUUGUUUAUUCAAGUAAAUUAUGUAUAAACCAUCACAGUUAGAAGUGGAGUGCUGGAAGGGGGAUUGGGGACUUCCUUCAAUUGAUUACAAAUGUUUAGAAGUUCUAGCAUUCGCUAGGUUUACUAAUGCUCCAAUUAAUAUUAAUUAUUCAAAUAAUCCAUUAAGAGGUAAUAAAGGUCAUUUACCAAAUGUUUGUUUUAAUAAAAAAAUAAUUACUAGGAGAGAACAAUUAAUUGAUUGUCUUGAAAAACAAAAUCUUACUCCAGAUUUUGGAAUGUCUAAACAACAACUUGCUGAAGAACAUGCUGCUAUCAGCAUAUUAGAUGCUCAACUUGAACCAGCUUUACUUUAUGCUUGGUGGUUAGAUGAAAAUAACUGUCAUAGCUUUACUAAACCAUGGUAUAGAAGUACACUAAAAUUUCCACUUAACUGGUACUAUCCAAAUUUUUAUGAACGAGCAGCUAAACAAAAAAUUCAUGCAUUAUAUAACCAUUUAGAAACUGAUAAUGAUAUUAUGAUUGAGAUCUAUGGAGAAGCUAUUAAAUGCAUUAAUAGUUUAGAGAGCCGCUUGGGAAAUAACUUCUACUUUUUUGGAUCUCAUCCUACGUUAUUAGAUGCAGUUGCUUAUAGUUAUUUGGGACCUUUGUUAAAAGCGCCAUUAACAGAUAAUAAGAUACAGAUACAUAUUAAAAAAUGUAAAAAUUUAUGUUCAUGGAUUGAUAGAAUAACUAGAGAAUAUUUCAAGAUUGAUUGGCAAGCACAUAUAUGUAACGAAAAGAAGAAAAAGGAAGAAUCUAAACAGAUGGGUAUUAAUAAACCCUGGUAUAAAAAAGAUGAAACUAAAAAUGUUUUGAUCGCACUAGCUGCUUUAGUAACAAUGGUUAUGUAUUCAUUUAAAAUAGGACUCAUUAGUGUAAGUGAUACGAGUGAUGAAGAGGAAGAAGACGAGUAGAAAUUAUGACAAAAUAAAAAACAAUCACAUUUUAUUUGUAGUUGUCUUUGACUAUUUAUAUAUUUUAUUUUCCAAGUUCCUUUUUUUUACCAAUCAUCAAUAAUUAUUGAAAUACUUGCUUUUAAACUUAUAUUUAAAACGCACACUGAGUGAUUGACCUAUACAUUUAUAUUGUAAAUAAAACAAAUAUUUUA